AUGGUGAAAAUAGAGGCGAUAAAACCGGUUGUUCGUUCUCGUUCAUCAUCCUCAUCAUCUGAUAGUGAUUAUGAUGAUAUAAAUUCAACAUCAUCAUCUGACUCUGAUUUAUCUCUUAUUGAAACAUCUCUAACAAAUUUAUCAAAGUCUUGUCAAAAACGUAAAAUCCCUACAUCUGCUCAUAUUAUUCCUCAGGGUACAUUAAUACGUGAUGUUAAUAAUAAUCUUUGGAUGAUACAUCAAUGUGUUAAAAUAUCCCAUCAUAAUGAAAGAUUUAUUUAUUUAUGUAGUCAAGUUAAAAGAUCAUUAGCAAUAAAUGAAAUGAAAAUAUCCGAAGAUAUUCAACAGCAAAAUAUAGUUAAAACAAAAAUCUCACCAUUAAUGUAUUUAACUGAUAAAUUAAAACAAUCAAGACAAGCAGUUAUUGAUAAAGCACGUGCUAAGAAUGAUAAACUUGAUUAUGUUUUUUAUGGAGCUGUUAUUGGAGAUACAAAUAAAGAAAUUGAUUUAAUUAUAGCAAAUAAUGAGAAACAAACAGCAUCAACAACUAAAAAUUCCUUAAUAAAUAAAUCCCUAUCUACAUCAACAAAUGAGCAACAUUCCAAUAAAAUAAUUCAUGGUAUCGUUGAAUUUCUAAAAGAUGAUGAUACAUAUGAUGAAAAUAAAAUAAAUAAAUAUUCGAUUGAAAUGAUAUUUAUACAAGAUAAAAAAAAAUCUAAUACGAUUGUUAAUCCAUCUGAAUUACUUCAACAAAUUCUUAAAAAAGAAAUUGAAAAAUUAAAAGAUCUUCGGAGAAAAAAUUUAAUAUUAAAUAAUAAAACAACUGGAGAUACACAUAAAUUUAUUAUAACAAAAAAACCUGGAAAUUCUCAAUAUGAUAUACAAGAAACAAUAAAUGAUGACGGAGAAAAUUCUUCUUCAACAUCAUCUAUUGAAUCUUCAACAAUAAAAUAUUUACUUAAACUUGAAUUAAAUACUUCAUCAACAACAAAACAAUAUACAAUUGAUCAUGAAAUAGCUUUUUAUUCUCGUUUUGCAACACAUGAUAAAUUAAAAUCCUAUAUAAAACGACAUAAUUUAAUGUAUAUUGCUAUACCAGAAUAUAUAUCACAUGGAACAUAUAAACAUAUAAAUUUAACCUAUAAAUUUUUAAUUAUGGAACAAUAUCGUGAAAAUCUUCGUUCACUUAUUUAUUCUUAUGAUCAAUCUUUACCAGAACAUAAUGCAUUAAAUCUUUUUCUACAAAUGUUAUAUGUUAUACAAUUUAUACAUGAAAAAAAUUAUGUUCAUCAAAUUAUUAAACCAAAAUACAUGAUGUUUGCUAAUAAACAACCAUAUUUUAUUUUUUUAACACAAUUUCGAACUGUUAAAAGUAUUCAUGAUACAAAUACUACAUCAAAUGAAGUCCCAAAUGAAAAUCGUGUAAGGAUAAAUAGUGAAAAUCAACAUAUAAAACAACAAAAUUUUCAAGUUAAAAAAAAAGUCAAACGUUCACAUCGUACACAAUUAGCUGCUAUACAUAAUAAAACAUCAUCAGUUGUUCCAUCAUUACAUGUCGUUGAUAUUCCAAGUCCAAUAAUUGAAGAAGAUAAUUUUCUAAUAAAUUCUAAUCAAUAUUAUCAUCCAUUUAGUGUUUAUUCAUCACUUGAUAUGCAUUUAAAUAAUAAACAAACAUAUCGUGGUGAUUUAGAAAUGCUUGGUUAUAAUUUAAUUGUUUGGUCUGGUGGACGAUUACCAUGGGAUAAGAAAAAUAAGAAUAUACAUUUUAAAUUUCAACGUGAUACAAUACCAAAUGAAAAGAAAUUAGCAAAAUCAAAUGUUAAUGAAUUUGUUAAAAAAUGUUUCUUUAUGAAAUUAAUUUCACCUGUUACUUUACGUGCUAUUUGUGAUUAUAUGUCAACUGUUUAUCAAUUAAAUAGUGAUGAUAUGCCUAAUUUUGAUCAAUUACGUGCACCAAUUAAAGAAAUUGUUAAAGCUUUAGGUUUUAAGGCAAAUGCAUGUCUUCGUUUAUCAAAUUCAAAAUCAAAAUCAACAAAUGCAUCAAAUAAUGCAAAUAAUAAUAGUUUGAAUUCUUCUGCUCAAACACAAACAGCUAAAACUAAUGGAAAUAUUGAUAAACAUAUUAAUAUUAAUGAUAUGACAUCACCAGCUAAAGAACUUGAGGUUGAACAAGAUGAUCUUGAUGACGAUGAAGAUGAUGAUGAUGAUGAUGACGAAGAUGAUGAUGAUGAUGAUGAAGAUGAUGAUGAAGAUGAAGAUGAUGAGACUCAUCCUUGUCCACCGGGAUCAAGUUCAUGUGAAGAAGAUAAUUCAAGUGAUGAAAAUGAUGAUACUCGAAUGGAACAACAAGCUCCAUCCGUACCUGGACAAUCAACAAAUACGAAAUGUAAACGAUGUGGUGGUGAUCAUUCACUUGAAGAUCAACAAUCUCAAACAAGUAGUGAUAAACAAAGUAAUAGUGGUACUAUUCCAGGUUCAAAUAAUACUACAAAUACUCUUACUUAUCAACAAAAACGACAACGAUCAAUUGCUAAACGACUUCAAUUACGUCGUAAAAAGAAAAAUUAA